AUGAGCGAACAGCCCCUUACAUUACCAGCCCAUAGCCUUUUAGCAGGAGGCCAAAAACACAAGAAACAAGCCGAACAACCCUGGACAGCAGCAAGAUGUCAACGCCUACUUCGGCAGCUUCAAUGCCGCCUAGUAGCUCUGAGAAAGCUUGUGAACGAGACUCGGCAACCAGCAGCAGCAACCAUAACAACAACAACACGAGCGAAGCGUGUCGACACUGAUGAAGAACCAACGAGGGCCUCAAAGCGAGCGCGACAUACAUACGGAAGGCGCCGGUCGGCCCCAGCUCAGACAAACCCUACUGUAUCGCCAUUAUCAACUCCCCCACGGACAUUUCGUACUCUUGGGAGCAUGAAGAUCGAGCGGAGUCCGGCAGGAGUGGGAAGAAUUGACUUCGUUAAACCAUCCGCACGCGACUUAGACCACCGCAAUUCAACUUUCGAUACCUCAGCUACAUCUUUCAAAGAAUCCGGUACGAAUACAAAAACACUAUUAAUAGAGUUACAAUCCAUUCGCCGAAUCGUCUCCGAAAGUCAGUACCGUAUAUACGAGACGAUAUUCGGGUCGCUGAAUGGCUUGCUGAGAUCAACUGAACCGUUGUCCCAAACCGCGCAUCCCAAAUCUUUAUUGGGUAUGUGCCUUCGUAAGGUUCCGGAUGCGCUGGCCGUGAUAGAAGAAUGGGACCGUCAGAGUGCAGCGAAGGCAGGCAACUCUUCCAAGUGGAUAUCAUCAAAAGCAUCCACCGAGCUCUAUGAGCAACUCGAGGGUUUUGGUAGCACGAGUCUGGGCUGGAAAUCCCUGAAACUUGUUCUUCGCGCACAUGCUCUAUGUCUUCUAGCAGCAGCUGUGAAAGAAGGCCUCUUCGAGUCUUCAUAUGUGCGGUUGCUGGCUGAUCUUUGUCUCAGCCUGGAGUGCAAAGAGGAAGCAGCCCGACUUGUUGUAAGCCUGAACGUUCCUUUGGUAGCACCUCGCGGUCCAUCGGGUAUACUGUUUGAAAAUAGUACGAUUCAGCCUUUAGGGGCUAUACUAAGGAGUUUGCAAAACCAGGAGGUGACAGGUCCGUCUUGGGACUGCCUCACAACUCUUAUCAACAACAAGAAGCUCUCGCUAAACUGGCUAACGUCACGCGCGUUCCAGCCAGUUUGGAUGCGAGGAGUCGAGAUUCUGUUACAUAGCAGAACUCCUGUGCCCUCGACUAUUGAUUUCAUGUCUACAGCCCUUAAUCAACUCCUGCUAAAUGAUUGGAAAGCCAGGGGAGCUAAUCAGCCUUCAGAGGAGCAGACACUUGUUAGUGUAUUAGCAGCAAUAACGGCAGCGAUCUGGACAUUAGGUGCUAAGAUGAAUGGUGAAGAGCCAUGGAGAACCCAUGCCCUUCGACGGUUGCUGCUCACUCUCGAAUCUUGUGUUUCUCAGCAACCAAUCCGUCGCAGAGGGUUUCGUGCCAGCGGGUGUUUCAUUUUUGUCUUGGCUCAGUUCAUUUCCACAGUUAUGAUCGACAACGAUGUGGUUCGUUUAUUAGCGAAAAACCUUUCGAUUUAUGACUCUAUGAAACUGCUGGCGACAGCUAGAAACGGUUGCCCAACUCAAUUACAGUACCAACAAACCCUCUUGCUGGCCUGCUCUGCUGCACAAUACCAGGGGCGAGCGUGUGGCCUGCCUUGCCACGACGUUUUGUCUGAGAUCCGUACAUCGCUCAAUGGACUGGGACUUCCAACAUGGUUUCAACACGGUUUGGUAUCUGAUGGAGCGUUUGUUCUGGCACAAAAAACGAAAGAUCUCCGGGAUGUUGCUUUCGCUGAAAGAUUUCCUGCCUCUGGCAAGGGAACCCUGGAAGCAAGCACAAUGUUUGCAGGUUGGCGGUGGGAAGAGGGGAUCGGCGAAUGGGUUCUGCCAAGCCCUAGUCAGAAAAGAGGGCGUGAGCUGAGACAGCAAGAUCAAGGUCGUGACGGGGCAAACUAUGGAAUAUGUCCGGAUCGCCAACCAGAAAGUCGAGACCGGAUUGCAGGCCCGAGAGAGAAGAAGACCGACCGGAGUAGCAAUUUCGGGUACAGCAACGACAAAGAUAGCACUGUGGAGAGCGACAAGGACAUGGGGAAGCACAACGCCGUGGACGACACGGACAGCACCAACGGCGAGGAUGAAAAUACUAGCAUUACGGAUAUUAAUGAACGGCAAGACAGCGGGGAUGAACUUGGCGACUGUGCACGGAUGAUGGGCCACAAUCUUGGAAGCGCACUGGGACAAGAUGAUUACGAUCACAGCGCCAACAGAAAGAGGACGAAGGUCAAGGUUGUCAAGAAGGUCAAAAGCUUGGAUAUUACACGCAGAUGGCCGGACCGCAGAUUGGGUAGAGCUGCCAUGGGAUUGUCAGAGAUACUGCAGGGAGGAGAUGAAAUGGACGACGAGCUUAGUAUGCUCGAAACGAUCUGA